AUGUCCGUGUCCGUUAAUGGCGUAGCGCCGCUGCAAGUGCGCCUCGCUGACGCCACUGACGGAGAUGCAGACGACGGCGCAGGCGGGCUGUUAACCGCAGACUUUCUGGCGGGGGCAAUGGCGGCGGAAGGGGGAAGGGGGGUCGCCGCCGACUGGGCGCCCGUGGAGCGGGGCGGAGGGAGUGGGGGAGGCGCUGAUCCGCGACGGCUUCAGGCGGAGAAAUGGUCGGAGAAAGUUGUUGGCGCGGGUAUCAGCGCGGCGAUGGCUGUGGGCGGAGCCGCGCCAGCCGUUGUUCCGCCCGCUUCGGCAACUGUUGCACCGACAAUCCCCGCCUCCUCCUCCGCGUCCGCUUCGGCUUCCGCUUCCCCCGCAGUUCCCGCCGCCGCCGCUGACGCUGCCGCAGCCGCCGGGUCUAUAGCAGCGCGCGGAACAGCAGGAGGCGCCGCGAAAGGGGAGCCGGGUCGCGGGGAGAAGGUCCGGGGGCAGGGGGAAACCCGGCGUGAUGAUGACGUGGCGGGCCGACGGAUCGCAGCUAGUGACUUAAGCGAGACGCGUAUAUCGAGUGAGGCGCUACUGCGAGAACCGGCAGGUUCAUUAGAAAUAGUCUGCGACGGCACUGGCAGGGCAAGCCGAGGGGCAGGAGAAGCAGGAGGGGCAGGAGAAGCAGGAGGGGCAGGAGAAGCAGGAGGGGCAGGAGGGGCGGAGACAGGGUCUCGUGAAGGGUGUCAAGCGCAGGGUAGGGGGAGCGGAAGGGCUCAGCGAGGCGGGUGUGCUGGAUCCGCGCCCGCGGCUUCUCCGCAGCAGCUGCAGGCGUCGUUGCGGGAGGCGCUCGCGCGUAUAUCAAGGUGCCUCAGUCGUUCCGUGCGACCCCCCUCUAAGAUCAUGACUUAUGAGUCGACUAGUUGA